AUGGCUUUGGUAUUCCACGGCACGGUCAUUCACUCACUCGGCCCCACGGAGCUCGAGAUACUGGAAGAUGCCCUGUUGAUCGUCAGAGCCGACGGAACCGUCCAAAGUCUUGACGCCGGGGUCGCCAAGUCCUCGGUGCCGAACCUGCUGGCGGCACGCGGCCUCGACGACGAGGUCCGAUACCUGAGCAGGGGCGAGUUCCUGAUCCCGGGGUUUGUGGACACGCACAACCACGCGCCUCAGUAUGCUCAGCGGGGACUAGGGCAGAGCAUGCACAUUCUCGACUGGCUGGAUAAUGUCACGUUUCCCAAUGAAGCGCGGUUCGCCGAUGUCGCCUAUGCUGAGCGCAUAUACGGGGCAUGCGUAGAUGGGUUUCUGAGGCAGGGUAUUACCACGGCGUCAUACUAUGGCUCAAUGCAUGCCGAUGCCACAAACAUACUGGCCGACUUGUGUCUCAAAAAAGGACAGCGGGCGUUUGUCGGAAAGUGCAAUAUGAACCGGAACGCACCAGACUUUUAUAGAGAUGCCACAGUCGAGUCGUCACUAGGGGACACAGAGAAAUGCAUCGAGCACAUUCGCAAGAUUGACCCAGAGAGUAAGCUUUUGAAGCAUGUACUCACGCCGCGCUUUGCCAUUACUUGCGAUCCGGAGCUGCUGCAAGGUUUGGGUCAGAUUGCUGCGAAUAACCCCGACCUGCCGAUCCAGACGCAUUUCAAUGAAGCCGAGCAGGAAAUGAAUUUCACCAAGACCCUGUUCCCGCAAUUCGACAACGAGGUUGACUUGUACAAUUCAUAUGGGCUUCUGAAUCAGCGAUCGAUCCUGGCGCAUUGCUGCUUCGUGAGCGAGUACGAGCUGACCCAGCUAAAGGAGCUCGGCUGUGGCGUGGCCCACUGUCCAAUCUCCAACAUGACGGUCGGAGGUGGCUUCAUGGCGGCCCCGAUCCGCGAGUUCUUGCGCAGAGGCAUAAAGGUCGGGCUGGGCACCGACAGCGGCGGCGGCUUCUCGGCGAGCAUCCUCGACGCCAUGCGCCAGGCCCUGGUGGCGUCCAACGCGCGCGAGGUCAUGAGCCAGGGCCGCGACAAGGGCCUCGACCUGGCCGAGAUCUUUUUCCUGGCCACGCUCGGCGGCGCCCAAGUCUGCUGUCUCGAGGACAAGGUUGGCAACUUUCGCGUGGGCAAGCACUUUGACGCCUUGCUCAUCAAUAGCAGCCGGCCUGGCGUCAUGACCAUGCUGGAGGAUUGGGAUUCGACUCGGACGAUUUUUGACAAGUUCAUCAUGACGGGCGAUGAUAGGAACAUCGAGUUGGUCUUUGUAAAUGGUCGACGGGUGAAGCCUUAG